AUCUCCUUUAGUGACCGGUGGGUGCUUUGCUCUUAAGUCCAAGAUUAAUGGCAAAUACUUGCGCUACUCGCCUGAGAAAGAGAAAAUCCUUGAGGUGAGUGGGGAAGAUGUCCUCAGUCCGUACACUAGGUUUUGUGCAGAGCCAUCCAAGGAGCACGACGGCCACAUUCACAUCAGAUGCUGCUACAACAACAAGUACUGGGUCGCCCGUGAGGUUGACCAGCAGUGGUGCCUUAUGGGUGAUGCAAAUGAGCCCCAAGAGGACCUAUCAGAUCCUUCUUGCACGGUGCUCCGGCAUGAACCCAGCAGUGUUCACGUCGAUGAUGUCAACUUGCAGCACGCCAGGCUCAAAAGAAGUGUUUCCACGCUCGCCGAUGCUCUAAACAACAUCAGAGUUGGCUUGGUAGGAAAAAAAAAGAUAAAGAUGGCACGUUUAGUAUCAUCCAUCUAGAAGGACAAAUGCUACUGCCCACACACGUUUGUUUCAAGGGGUGACAAUGGCAUGUACCUCAGUGCGAGGAAGGUUGAACAUGGCCUCAACUACUUGCAGUUUUCGGCGAAUGACAUUGCUGAUCCAACGGUGAGAAACAUCAUUCACACAAACAGCGAUGGCACCAUCCGCAUAUACUCGAGCCACUAUGGCAAGUUCUGGAGGCGCAGCCCCAACUGGAUCUGGGGAGACUCCGAUGACACCACCGGCAGGGAUCGGGACACGGUGUUCCGAGCGCACUUGUUUGAGGGUGGCAAAUGUGCACUUCAGAACCUCGGCAACAACAACUACUGCAAGAGGUUGACCACCGAAGGCAAAACGAGUUGCCUCAACGCUGCGGUUCCUACCAUCACAAGGGAGGCGCAGCUAGAGCUGCACGAAACUGUCCUAUCUCGAAGGAUCUAUGACGUUGAGUACCACCUCAAAGAUGUCAAAACUCAUGGCCUCAAGCCCCGCACUUAUUACAAUAAAACAAUUGCUAACAACACAAGUAGGCCCCACAAGAAUACGCUAACCAUAUCUUACAGUGUAACGACGGAGAGGAGAUGGGAUUCAAAUGUCUCAUGGAAGCUUGGUGUGACAACCACCAUCACGGCUGGGGUUCCAGAAAUCGCAGAUGCAUCAGUUGAGAUCUCAAGUGAGUUUAGUGGAGAAACUCAAUCUCAAACUGAACAGCAAUCAAAUGAAGAAGAAAUUGAGGUGCCUGCAGCACAGCAAGGUGACAGUUCGAGUGGUGGCAACAGAGGGAAUAUGUGA